UUGAAAUCCAUUUGGAAAUCUUGCUGCAUCGUAUUGGAUGGAAGAAACAUGAACUUAUCCCCUGAGUUGAAGAGAGGGUUUCACCUCCUUCGCGAUGGUGAUGUUGAGAGGCUUGUGGCUGAGCUGGGCUAUCUGGGUGAUAAUGGCCAAGCUUUGCGUCCGUUUUUGCCAUUUUUAGUGAGGGUUGCUUUGAUGCAAAACCCAGAAUGCAGUUCAAGCGAAGAUGCAAGUCGAGUACAAUUUUCAAUCUUGGCUGCUAUUGGUGAACUGGAAGCGGUGAAUAGCAUUGUGGCUUCGUUGUCGUUCGAUCGCGACGAUAUGAGGCGUGACGUAGAGAAAGAAAAGCUUAUGCGCUCUAAACAAAUCUCUUCUGGUGGUCUACCCGAUCAAGAUAGUCACCUGAUUCAGGGACUAAAACAACCCAUUGAAGUGGAGUUCGAGCAGGCACAUCCCACAAGAAAGCUCAGGUUGUUUAUGUGUGAGCUCCUGCGAUUAGUCUCUGUGGCUAACAGUCACAAUGGGAUUUGGUACCCAAUUUCGAAUGCUUUGUUUGACUGCCCGCUGUACUUCCAACAUGUGAUUGAUCUCUUGCAUCUGGCUCUCACUGAGCUGCAUUCGCUAGUGUCCUGUGCUGAAGUGACCAGUGUCUUGUUGCGUCUUGAGCAUGGCUGUGAGAUGUUGGUUCAGUUGGCUGCUGGGCUUCCACACUUUCAGCGCACAUUUUUGGAUACUGUAGUUGAGUACGCAUUUCGCGGCGGCGUGCCGGAAGUAUCACAAUCCUGGCGUGCCUGUAACCAGGCCAUGCAGGCACUGUGCCAGAUGGAUGCACCCCAGGCUGCUCUGCGCAUUCGUGAUCUGUGUGUGAAGACCGGCGGACCAGCCUGCUGUAUGCUACUGCUUACUGAUGAGCUGGCUAAGCACUCGCAAGAUAGCGUUAAUCUUCUUGCAGGCGGUGGCAGUGGUGUGUGGCUCGACUUCAUCACUAGUUUGCUCCUGCAUGAGAAGUCGGCUGCUAAGGACGCACUCAUACAAUACGUCAGCAGCUCGCAGAAGAAGGGCUCCCGCUUGCAGAAGGCAAACCCCGCUUUUGAAUCGCUACUGGAAAACAUCCAUCGGGAGUUGCUGGCGUUGUUCAUGGCAUCGCAUCCACAGACACAACUUCUCAGUGUGAUGAGCGGGGCCACCGCCAGUGAAGGUGUUAGCACAUCUGUAUCCGAGAUGGUCAUCGACAUGGGUAUCGGACGUGAUUCCUCAACCAUGACACAAGAGGCGGAUGGCAGUUUUGUUCACGAGGAAGUCAUGGACAUUGGUAUGCCUGUCAGUGACAAUGCUGCUGCUGGGCCCAGCUCCACCGCCGAUGCCGGUGGUGGUGGUGGUGGUGUUAGUGAUUCACUGAACGAUGGGUUCACCGAGGUGGAGGAGCUACCCUUCCAGAGCGGUGCAGUAACCGGUGAGACUGUUGAUACUCAUUCACUGACCUCUUUUCAACUCAAUGCCGCUGAUGAAGAUCUAUUCAAACAGUUUGACGGCAGUGUACUGGGCCUGGACGCAUCAGUGUUGGCACUGGCCCAAUCCUCAGCUAGCAUGGACGUUGACGGGCGACCACUGCUGCGAUUGCCUGAGUCUGAAACACAGCGUGCCUGCAAGCUGCUACGAUCCUUCUGUGCUCUGGUUGGUAUUGCUAACUUGCGCUUGUCGGGCGAGCAGACUGAACCAUUGGUACAGUUGAUUACAGCACGGCCACCGUUGACCGAGGCAGGUGCUCGGUUUGUGGAGCUCGCGCUGUGCACACUUCUGAUUUGCCCAUCACUUACUGGAGAUAUUGAGCACUCUCGAUGUGUGGUCGACUGGCUUCGGUGGCUACUAAAAGAGCAGCCAGCAUUCGACAGAGCACUGGGUAGUCAUGUACCUUACGGCGAGCUCUUGUUGCUGGUUGCUAUCCAUUAUCAUGGCGGCCAGUUGGAACGCAUUGUGGAGCUAGUCCGGCGAGUACUGGGUAUCAAUAUCACAAUAUCCAGCAGUCGGCUGAUUAGUGUCAAGAUGUUAUUCACACAAGAUGUGUUCACUGAGAAGGUUGUGAUGGAGCAUGCUGUACAGGUUGGGGUAACACCAUCACUGUCUGCACACAUGUCCAAUUACCUGCCUGUACACUGCCUCGUUGAGCUGCUUCAAGCCAGGUCUUUUGCACGACAUGCAACGAAACUCAAGGAAUGGAUCUACCGGCAAGUACUGGACUGUGCUGCACCCGUUCAUCCACUAGUGCCACAGCUACUGGAGGAGUUUGUCAAGACACUCAUCUUGCCAAUCCAGGGUGUUACCCAGCCGAGUGAAGGCGUCCACAAGGGCUUCUCGGACUCAGAAAUCUUAGCAGUAUUUAAAGAUGGCAGACACGAGACGUCGGCAACUAUUGGAAAUCGCACGCAAGGGCAGGCCACCAGCGCUUCCGUUACAACCGACUCUUCUUCAACAUCGGGUAGGCAUUCCGUUGCCAACGGAGAUGGGACCAUGGAUGCGUCGGACGGAGCAACACCUGCAACAUCCUGGCAUCACUCUCAAGCAGGAGGAGCAGCAGAUAGUCCUAUAGCUCAGCUGCUGAUACUCUACUAUGUCUUGAUGUAUCAUGACUGUCUGUUGGCCAAUCUGAAAAGCAUCAUGGCUAUGCCGACAGUGUCACGCAAUGCCAAUCCGGUAGCGCUGUCGUCGUUCUCGCUCGUUUCCAAGAUGCCCGUUAAGCGACUGCUGGUGUACGCGCGCACUUCACCGCGCAACGUUGGCAGCCUGUACUCGCGCCUGCUACGUCUUCUUCUCACUCACUUACCUCAUCUAUGCCUGACUCAAGAUUGGCUUGCUGAGGACAGUGAACUACUUGGUCCUGCCUAUCAUCCUGCACACAACUCCUCGCACCCAGCAGCAGCAGACCAUACUCACAAGAAUAACUCAUCCCUACCGGACCAGCAUAACAAGAAAUCGUCAUCUCGCAACUUCAAUGGCUGGCUUUCGUCACUGGGUCAACGUCGAGUUCGACUACCCACUCCUGAACAGCUGCGCAGUGCCUACAGCACAGUUUGUCAGGAUCCCGCAUUGUGUACCAGCUACAUGAAGUGCUUGUGUUCAUUGAGAGAUGCACCUCAACUCCUGCCUUACCUGGAUACUAUAGUGGGUGCACUGCCCAAGUUACUUGAUGUGCGUACUCCACGUGUGGUCAUCACCAGUACAGCUACUCUCUGGACACGACUCAGCUCUGUAUCACCUGGACAGCUAUGGGUGGGUACAGUGAAUGCGUUACAUCAGAACACUGCUGCACCGCUGACAGCAGGCAAUAUGACACCACCACUCCUAGCAUCACAUGCACAAUACACUGAAGAGGACCUCGUUGCCAAUCCUUUGUUGGUGCUCUCUUGUCGACGUGAAGUUUUCAGAUGUGCGGUGAUAUUUGACCUAGUCUGCAGAGUUCUCAUGGCCUACCUAGCAGCUAGCCGUGCAGACCUGACUGAGCAUUCUCACAGUCAACUGGUACUGGCACAUCGCCGUAGUACCACCGGUGCCAACAUUGCCGUCAUGGAGCAUGAGAGCGAGGAGAUUCGCUCCGCCAUGUGCUCCACCCAAGACAGUCUUGCUGUGCAGUUGCUCAUUGAGGUGUGCGCUCCAAACAAGGAGGAGAUGUCAUCUGGGAAAGCCGACAGUGACCUAAGUGCUCUUACUGAGAUCCGUGGCAUUGUGUCCAGUGUUUUGCACCAAAUGUUCAUCGAUGAUCCUAGCAUUGCCAAGCUGGUGCAUUUUCAGGGAUAUGAUGAGCGUCUACUGCCUGUCUUCAUUGCAUCUGUCCCGUCCAUCUACAUCUGUGUGGAUUUCAUCCCCGAGCUGCUCAGUCAACCACAGCCUGACAAACAGAUAUUUGCACUUCAGCUAUGUUUCCACCUGUGCUCACAUUACCCGCUACCGCGUACCCUGUCGGUGGCGCGCAGUGCUAUGUCACAUCUCUCUGGCAUUAUCUCAACGCGUUCACUGGACGAGUACUCCAGCGUGUUCCUGCCCGUGUUGCCCUCGCUGACACGGGCAUGUCGAGUUCUGCCUGCGCUGCUGGACGAUGCAGUGCCGCUUGUCGGGCGACUCGGCCGCAUUCUCAACACCACACUACCGAGAAUCUCCACAUCCGCACUCCUCACUCCGCCGGUUAGUCCAGUGUGGAAAACAGACACCAUGACGGAAGUCUCUAGUCUUGCACAGACAGGGGUACAGCAGCAGCAGCUGUUGCAAGCCCUCCAGACUGUGUUCAAUGCAGUAUAGAUUAUGUAUUAGGAAUCACCAGACCGUUCCAACAGCAUACGAAACAUAGAUUCUAGCUAGCUCUGUACCCGAAUUAUCAAUCAACACCAUGAAGACACACGAAACACUCACACACUGAUAAAAACAUGAAUCGUUCGUCAUGAAGUCCCAUGAAAUACACAGAGCAUUUUCUCUCCCUCGCUCUCUCCCUGGUUGUCUAUUCAGUAACUUUAGUACUAGUACCAAGAGUAAGCUCCUGUACUCUUGUUAGUACCUCAAAAUAUUAUUCGCUACAUUGUAUUGCUGGCUCUGGUUGUGCGCGUGUGUGUGUGUGCAUGCUUGUCUGUUUACUAAAGGUCCAUACAAUGUAUAUUUUCCAGUGAUAAAACCAUUCUCAUUUUUUUGUUAAGUGAAUACUCCGGUUCAA